GGCCUCAGAAUUUAGUUGAGUUCAGUUGCAGACCUUCACAUGGCAAAAUCAUUCUUCACUUAGUUAGGAACCGAACCAUGGCUAUAACGUUCGGUUUAGUGACUCCUAACUCCAACACUUUGUGUCUCACUCUCACCACACCACCCCUCAUCGCCAAUCAUCGUACUACUAAUGUUGUGUUCUCUGGUCAAAGUGUCUUCAGCUAUGGACACACUAAUCUUUCUUAUUCACACCAAAGGGCUUCUUCCUUUGCCACUAUUGUCUGUUCUGCUGCUAAUAAACCAUCCUCUUCUUCUGAAAUUAGCUCUACAGCCAAGAUAAGGAGCGAGGUUCUCUCUCCCUUUCGUUCAGUUAGGAUGUUCUUUUAUAUUGCUUUUGUUGCAAGUGGUGCUCUUGGGGGAUUCAUAGCAACCACACAACUAAUUGGUGCACUGGCUAACUCAUCAAGAGCAUCUGAAGUCCCUGAGAUUCUGAAGGGCCUUGGCAUCGACCUUGCAGCAGUGUCUUUAUUUGCUUUCUUGUAUUUCAGAGAGAACAAAGCAAAGAAUGCACAAGUGGCUCGCCUAUCAAGAGAGGAAAGCUUAUCAAAUCUUAAGCUCCGUGUGGAUGAGAAGAAGAUCAUUCCUGUGAACUCAUUGAGAGGGAUUGCUCGACUUGUCAUCUGUGCUGGCCCUGCAUCCUUUGUAACCGAGUCUUUUAAGCGCAGUGAGCCUUUCACCGAUAGUCUUUUGGAUAGAGGGGUGCUUGUUGUGCCCUUUGUAACAGAUGGAAAUUCACCUGCUUUGGAGUUUGAGGAGACUGAGGAACUUGCCACUAGAAGGAAGAGACUCUGGCAACUGGCUCCAGUUUACAUCAAUGAGUGGUCUGAGUGGUUAGAUGAGCAAAAGAAGUUAGCUGGUGUACCUUCUGAUUCUCCAGUGUACCUAUCCCUACGCUUGGAUGGUCGUGUUCGUGGCAGUGGUGUUGGUUAUCCUCCUUGGAAUGCUUUGGUUGCACAAUUACCACAGGUAAAGGGAAUGUGGACUGGCCUACUAGAUGGCUUUGAUGGUAGAGUUUAGAAGAGCAAGUGUUUUUUUCUACUUCUGAAGGUUGAACUCUCAUACUUACCCCCUCCCCCACAAAACAAAAAGUUCUUCAGCCCGUUUUCUUCAUAUUCUCUUUCUGGUUUUGUUUCUAAUAGUGGAGAUUCCAUUAAACUUUUAUGAUUUGAUUUUAAUUGUAUUUAUUAUUUAUUAUUUAUUUUAUUUUAUUUUUGCUUUGA